UUAAAGUUUAAUACAGCAAGACUAAAAGAUCCCAAGAUAAACAAGAAGUUUAGCCUUGUUCUCAAGAACAAAUAUCAAGUGCUGGGUGACACUGGAGAAGAAGGUUUGGAUGGAGACGUUGUUCUCUACUUGGAGUAAUAUUAAGGAGGCAUAUAUCCACGCAUGUAAAACUGUAUUGGGAAAAAGGAAGAGGAAAUUCAAAACCUGGAUAACCGAGGAAACAUGGAAUCUCAUAGACACAAGAAGGAACCUCAAAGAGAAGAAACAGAGUUCAAGGUCUACAAGAUUGCUUGAAAGGUACAACCUACAAUACACCGAAACCAACAAAGAAAUUAAAAGGAGGCUACGACAGGACAAAAGAGCUUACUACGACAAGUUAUCAUUAGAGACAGAGAGACUAGCAAGUCGUGGCGAAUUAAGUCUGAAGUUUACAAAAUUACAAGAAAAUUAUCCGGAAAACUGUAAACCAGUUAGGGAUGAAAAUGGUGUGAAAAUCAUGCAAGAGGAAGAACAACUGAAAAGGUGGGCAGAACAUUUUACGAAAGUACUAAAUAGACCGCCGCCACCAAUAACAACAAUCACCGAUUUUACUUUUGGAGAUGUCCUUGACAUCAAUUGCGACCCACCAACAGAGGAGGAGGUAUAAGGGCAGCCAUCAACGAAUUAAAGAACAGCAGAGCAUCUGGAAUAGAUAACAUUACUAGUCAAAUGCUGAAAGCCGAUAUAAAUCUCACGAUAGAGUCUACUCCUCCACUUGUUUACCAAGAUAUGGAACUC